UUGGGUAAGAGGAUAAUGGGCGACAGUGAUAGCGAGGAUCUAGAUGAUGAUGACAGUGACGAAGACGAGGAAGAGAAUGACAAAUCCAUUGUCAUCGAUAAUGGGAAUAAUUCAGACUCCAAUGGAGAAGCAGAGGGAAGUUUGGAUUCUGUGACUGGCAAGAAAGUUGAUGGUGUUGCAUCUGAGAGCGGCCCCGAGGAAGAAAAGGAUACUCCUCUGAAGAAUCUUGAAUCUGGUAAAGAUGUCAACGUAGUUUCAGUUCAGCAUGAAGGUGAAAGUCCGUCUACACUCACUCCGGACAAUCAAGAAAGACCUGGACAGAAUUGUGUUGCCUCUAUUUUUGGCACUGAUAUUGCAUCUGCAACUGAAAGUAUUCAAACAGAAAAGGAAGUUUCUGGUAGUUCUGAGCCAAUUGUUGUGGAAGCUAGCUCUGGUGAGAAAGAAAAUGAUGUUGCUGAAGCCAGCCAUAGUUUAAGCCCUAAACUAGUUCCUCUGGAAGAUGCAACCUCAAAGGAUUCAGACUUGAAAAAGUCUUUCAAUUUUGAGGAGUUUAGUUCAGCAGCAGAAUUGGAGGCCCUUGGUAUGGAGAGGUUAAAAUCAGAACUUCAAGUGCGUGGACUGAAGUGUGGGGGCACUCUGCAAGAACGUGCAGCCAGGCUUUUCCUACUCAAAACCACACCUUUGGAGAUGCUUCCAAAGAAGUUGCUCGCUAAGAAAUAAUUGUGUGCUCGUUUGUUUUUCUUUUGAGAAGCUGGUUGUAACUUUUAAACCCAAAUGCUUAAGGGAAGUGUCAGCUUAUUCUCUGUUCGACGUACCAUGUAGAAUUGUAGAUAUGAGUGUAUUUUACUGGGUUCCAGAACAUGUUCCGAGAACGAUUAAUAGUAGUUUGCAUUUUCAGAGUUAUAAAAUAUGACAAAUGUUGAUGUUGUUUCGA